UGGCUCGGUCGCCCCCUCCCCCCGCUCCGCCCGCACAGGUACCAAGCACCAUGGCCGCUUCUGAGGUAGCUGGUGCUGGGGCCAAUGCCCCCAGUCCUCCGGACUCUUCUUUGAGUUUAUGUGCUUCCAAGUCAGAUGAAGGUCUCCCAGAUGGUCUAAGCUCCAAAGACCCUGCGCAGAAGCAGAAGAACUCGCCUCCAUUGAGUGUAAGUAGCCACAUGAUAACCAAGGAGAGUAACAGAAGUGUCCAUCUGGAACACCCAGUGCAGAGUCCUGGCUCAUCAGCAGGUGAUACUUCAGCAGCGCACCUGGAGGUUUUAGGAGAAAACUUGAGAGCCUCAGCCCUUUGUCUCUCUGGCAGCGGGUCUCAGUCUGAUUUGAAGGACUUGGCCACCACGACAGGAGAGGAGGGGGACACGAGCCUCCGGGAGAGUCUUCAUCCAGUCACUCGGUCUCUUAAGGCAGGGUACCAUACAAAGCAGCUUGCCUCCAGGAAUUGCUCUGAAGAGAAGUCCCUACAAGCCUCCAUCCUAAAGGAAGGUAGCAGGGACACAGGCUUGGAUUUCCGACCUGUGGUGCCGCCAGCCAAUGGGGUUGAAGGAGUCAGAGUGGAGCAGGAGGAUGAUCAGGACAGCUCUUCCCUGAAGCUUUCUCAGAACAUUGCUGUACAGACUGACUUUAAGACUACAGAUUCAGAGGUGAACACAGAUCAAGAUAUUGAAAAGAAUCUGGUAAGUACUUAGUGUCAU